AUGGCUUCAAUUGGUUGGGUGCUACUACUCUUUAUUGCAGAGCUUUCUGCGCUAGCCACCUCCGGCGCUCACGGUGAUGGUAACUUCACUCUUCGCUGCCAGCCAGACCAGGCUGCAAGCCUCCUCCAGCUAAAGAAAUCCUUCUCGUUCUUCCACUACCCCAGCGCCCUUGAGUCAUGGCAGGAUGGCACUGACUGCUGUCUUUGGGAAGGUGUUGGCUGCAGCAACUCCUCGGGCCAUGUCACCGCUCUGGAACUCAGUGGGCAUGGCUUGUACAGUCAAGGCAUUAACCCUGCAAUCUUCAACCUCACCUCGCUCCAACUACUCGACCUUAGCAUGAAUUAUUUUGGCGAGUAUAGUCUCCUCCAAUUCAGGUUUGAGAGGCUGCCCUUGCUCACCCACCUCAACCUUUCCCAUUUAGGUUUUCAAGGCCAGAUACCUACUGGCAUUGGCGGACUUACCAAUCUUAUCUCCUUGGACCUUUCUGCUAAUUAUGAUCUUGGGGAUGUUUCCACUUAUGAUAUCAUCACUGGUGACAGGAAUAAUGUGCUCUACCUGCAAGAUCCCAACUUCAAGAUCCUAGUGGCCAACCUCAACAAUCUGAGAGAGCUCUACCUUGAUGGAGUGGAUAUGUCUAGCAGCGGAGAAUGGUGCCAUGCUCUUGCUAAAUCCCUUCCCCGUCUCCAAGUUCUUAGCUUGAGUUAUUGUAAGCUCGUCGGUCCUAUCUGUCCAUCCCUCUCAAACCUCCACUCCCUAACUGUGAUCAACCUCGAGGGAAACUUUGGUAUACCUACGGCUUUGGCUCCUUUUCCAGAGUUUUUCAUGGAUUUUCUCAAUUUAAGUGUGCUCCGACUUGCUGCGACAAAUCUCCAAGGCUUGAGAAGCUUGGAAGUCUCUGAUUGCGACUUUAAUGGUCCAAUACCAUCUGCAAUUGGCAACCUGACAAACUUGAAAAGCUUGAAUAUCGACAACUGUGAUUUCUUAGGGCCAAUACCAUCUUCAAUUGGCAAGCUCAUGAACCUUAGAAGCUUGGAAAUAUUUGGUGUUUACAACGAUAUUGGACCAAUGCCAUCUGCAGUAGGCAAUCUUAGUAACUUGGAGAGUUUGAAAAUAUUUGCAUCCAAUUUUUCUGGACAAAUACCCUAUGCAGUUGGGCUACUCAAGAAGUUAACAUCACUAGAUAUUCGAAUGUCUGGCUUUUCUGGAAGUAUACCAAAUUCAAUAUCUAAUUUGACUCUCCUAAUUGUGUUAGAUCUUUCAUUAAAUGAUCUCAAUGGUGAACUUCCAGCAUCUGUUUUCACUAUUCCAACAUUGCAACGCCUAGAUAUUCGCUCAAGCAAAAUAUCUGGCUCUAUACAAGACAUCAAUGCAACAUCUUCACACUUGCUUCAGUGGGUGGAUACCACCCUGUCUAAUACAAGAAGGUUCCAUGAGUGUGUUGAGUUUGAGGGAGAAUCAAUUUGA